AUGCCACCCACGAAGGACAAGUCUAAGGUUCACAAAUUGUCCCUGAAAGGGUCGUCCAAGCUUGUCGCAGAAUUCUUUGAAUACUCUAUCAAUUCCAUCCUUUUCCAGCGAGGCGUCUAUCCCCCAGAAGAUUUCACGACUGUCAAGAAAUAUGGCCUCAACAUGCUUAUUACUUCCGAUGACCAGGUCAAGGCCUAUAUCAAGAAGAUCAUGUCGCAGUUGAACAAGUGGAUGAUGGGAGGCAAGAUCUCCAAACUUGUUGUAGUCAUCACAGACAAGGAAACUGGAGAACACGUGGAGAGAUGGCAAUUCGACGUCCAAAUAUUCGGGAAACAAAGCAAGAGUACGAAGUCGCAGGCUUCCGGUGACAAGGAAAACACCGGUCCAGACAACGCCGACCCUCAAACCCCGGUUGAGAAAACAGAGAAAGAAAUCCAAGAAGAAAUCCAGGCGAUCUUCCGCCAAAUUACUGCUUCGGUUACCUUCCUUCCUGUUCUCGACGGAGACUGCACAUUUAACGUCCUCGUGUAUGCCGACGCCGAUUCCGAGGUGCCGGUCGAAUGGGGUGACAGCGACGCCAAGGAGAUCAAGAACGCAGAGAAGGUCCAGCUCAGGAGUUUCAGCACGAACAACCACCGUGUAGAGACACUGGUUAGUUAUCGUCUUGCUGACUAGGCGAACCUACCACUAGUUGCGGUGUUUUUGGAAGGCGUUCAGGACAGAGGACGAC